CGGAAACAUGUCCUCUUGCGUCCCCUAUUCCCGCGCUGCUGCCCUCUUAUCUCUUGGAGGCACUAGGGCCGGUUUUCUUGUCCGGUCGUUUGACAGUGACCGCACAGUGGAAGGGGCGUUUUUAGCGCCGCGCUUGACAAAUGCUUUCGCACGCAAGGAUAUUUUGGCAGUUCGUUUAUUCAGCAAAAACCAUGACAGACCACAAGCAGACCAACAUCAUGACUCUGACGCGCUACGUGCUCGAGCAGCAGCGCCUGCACCCGGACGCGACCGGCGACCUGUCCAUCGCCAUGAACGCGGUCCAGGUGGGCUGCAAGUUCGUCGAGGCGUGCGUGCGCAAGGCCCGGCUUAUCAACCUGGUCGGGCUGGCCGGCAACCAGAACGUGCAGGGCGAGGACCAGAAGAAGCUGGACGUGCUGUCCAACGAGAUGUUCGUCAACGCCCUGCAGGCGUCGGGCAAGUUCUCGUUCAUGGUGUCCGAGGAGGUCGACGAUAUCGUGGUGGUGCCCGAGGAGCUGCGCGGCAAGUACUGCAUUACGUUUGAUCCGCUCGACGGCUCCAGCAACAUUGACGCCGGUGUCAACGUCGGCACUAUCUUUGGUAUCUGGCGCCUGCCGUCGGGCCCCAAGGCUACCGUCGACGAGAUUCUGGUCGCUGGCUCCGAGAUCAUUGUCGGCGGGUACUGCAUGUACGGCUCGUCGUGCAACCUGAUUCUGACCUUUGGCAACAACCAGGUCGAGGGCUUCACGCUGGACCCGGCCCUAGGCGAAUUCAUCCUGACCCAUCCUGAUAUUAAGAUUCCGAACCGCGGCAAGAUCUACUCGGUGAACGAGGGCAACUCGCUGUACUGGGACGCAGCCACCAGGGCCUACUUUGAGUCGCUCAAGUUCCCGACGCCCGAAUCCGGCCGCAAGCCGUACUCGUCGCGCUACAUUGGCUCCAUGGUCGCCGACGUCCACCGCACGCUGCUGUACGGCGGUGUCUUCGCCUACCCCAGCGACCGCAAGUCGCGCCAGGGCAAGCUGCGCAUCCUCUACGAGUCCUUCCCCAUGGCGUACAUUACCGAGCAGGCCGGCGGCAAGGCCACCACUGGAACCACCCGUGUGCUGGACCUGGUGCCCAAGCACAUCCACGACCGCUGCCCCAUCUUCCUCGGCGGCGCCGACGACAUCAGCGAUGUCGAGAAGGCCUUCAAGGAGAACAACAACUGGCUUGAUGGCACCCAGCAGUAAAGGCCUUUUGCUCUGGCGACUUCCACUCUUCGCUUUUUAUUUUCCAUUUCCUUGAAUAAGCUAUUACGUACUGGUUACUCUUGUCAUUGAGAUCCGCAACCAUUUGCU